UUUCCUUUCCUUCCAAAUUAUAACGAAACUAAAGUGUCUUUUUCAUUAAUCCAACUUUUUAUGUCCCACACUAUAUAUAUUACUAACAACAACCUGAGUCCAGUUUCUACAUAACUACAUCAUCAACAAAAUGAAGAAUUCAAGAAGCAGAAGUUGGACAUUAUGGAGUGUGGCAACAAGUGUUGGAGUAGUGGAAGCAUUGAAGGAUCAAGGACUAUGGAGAUGGAACAGUGUGUUAAGAUCAGCACAACAACAUGCUAAACAUGAUAUCAGAUCUCUUUCUCAAACCAACAAAUUUUCUUCUUCUUCAUGGGAUGAGCAGAAAGCCAAGCAAGCCGAGGAGUCUUUCAGAACUGUCAUGUUCUUGAGCUGCUGGGGUCCCAACUAAGCAAAUUAAAAUAUUUUCAAUUGAAUCAUUCAAGAAAGAUAAGAAAGGGAAAGAUCCAACAAAAUUAAUUGAAACGUCACCCUUUUUUAGGUUUGGCACAUGGAUUGGACUCGGAAGUAAUUCAAUUUUUAGAUGAUAUAAAUUUGUGUAUAUAUAUGAUUUAUUAGUAUCUAUGAUGAUGAAAAUAGUUGGAAGUUAUGGUGAA